AUGAUGAAGCAUUGCCUUGAGCAGCACGCGAGGCAUAUUCUCGCUCACGGUAGCAGGAAUCGAUUCUUCUCCUCCUACACAACCAGAACGUUAUCGUCUCUGGCGACGAACCAAACUCUGCAGAGUCGUAUCGAGUCGGCGAUACAUCAGAAAGCAGAUAUCAGUACGGCGCUUGAACAAUGGCGAAAACAAGAAGGCAAUCAAUCGAAUCCUUCGCUUGUGAGAGGUAUCGUCGAGAAGCUUCGCGACUCCCAGAAAUUUCGCCAUGCCCUAGAGGUAUCAGACUGGAUGAUAAAACAAAACAUCUGCAAGCUCGUCCCGGAAGAUUUCGCAGCUAGGUUUCAUCUGAUCGAGAAAGUUUUAGGUUUGGAAGAAGCAGAGAAGUUCUUCGAGAGCGUCCCGAAGAAUCUGAGAGGCGAGUCCAUCUACACCGCUCUGUUAAACAGCUACGAGAAACGUUCAGGAAGAGAAGCUUUAGAUAAAGCAGAAUCUACUUUCAAGAAGAUGAAGGAGCUAGGUUUGUUGUUGAGAUCGUCACCGUACAACUCGAUGACGUCGCUCUACAGCUCUUUUGAAAAAAUUGAUAAGGUCGAUGAGAUUCUGCUAGAGAUGAAGGAGAGCGAGAUUGAGUAUGAUAGUGUCACAGUGAACAACGCUUUGAGAGUGUACGCUGCUGUGUCUGACAUCAAGACAAUGGAGAAGUUUCUUGCUGAUUGGGAAGAGAAGGCAACGAUUGAGUGGCGCACAAGACUCGACAUGGCAAAGGCUUAUCUGAGAGAUGGUUCAAAGGAAAAGGCGAAAGAGAUGCUUAUCAAAACAGAGGAACUGAAGGAUCAUACAAACCUCUAUGAGGAACUCAUGAAGAUAUAUGGUGAAGUGGGAGAGAGAGAAGAUGUUUACCGUAUAUGGAACCUUUACAAGAAGACAAGAGAGCAGAGCAACGAAGGGUUUAUUGCUUUGAUUGAAUCUCUCUUGAAGCUUGAUGAUGUAGAAGGAGCAGAGGAGAUUUACAACAAUGAAUGGGAGCGGUCUGGUCUUGAGUUCGACGUCCGACUCCCAGUAAUGCUGGCGAAUGGUUACCGUGAAAAGGGGAUGGUGGAGAAGGCAGAUGAGCUGCUGAACAAGAAGACUAUGAGGAACAUACGAUUGGUUAGACCAGUCACACCGCUGCUGCAAGAACUGGGAGCAAAAGGGAAGGUCUCAGACUUGAGAGACCUCAUCAAGAGUCUUAUUGAUUCACAUCAGUUUUCUAAAGCACUUGAGGCAACCAAGUGGGUGGAUGAAAGAAGAAUGUUUAAUCUUGUUCCAGAAGAUUAUGUAGUGAGGCUUCAUGUGAUUGAGAAGGUGUUGGGUUUGGAAGAAGCAGAGAAGUAUUUCGAAACAAGCAUCCCGGAGAAGAUGAAGGAUUGCUCCGUCUACUUGACACUCUUAAACUGUUACACGAGAUCUCACAAAACCCUAAACAAGGCCGAGGCCGUUUUCGAGGUGAUGGAGGGUCUAGGGUUUCUCUCAAAACUCUCCCCGUUCAACUCCAUGAUAUCACUCUACAGUCAGCUAGGAAGAAGAAGUGAGGUCGAGAAUCUUGUGAAGAAGAUGAAGGAGAGGAACGUAGAGCCUGAUAGUGUCACGUUAAACAACGUUUUGAGGUUAUACGCAGAAGAAACAGACAUUGAGGCGAUGGAGAAGUACAAGAUUGAUGAUGCUGAUAAGCUUGAAGUGAGGACGACGGUUGCGAUGGGAAAGGCUUACGAGAGAGAAGGGAUGCUAACAAAGGCGAUAGAGAUAACAAGGAGUAAAAAAGAAGCUCACCGUCUGUGGAACGAGUACAAGAAGAAACCUGAAAGGGAAGAGAGUGAAAGAGAGAUGAUUAGCUCUUUGUUGAAGCUAGGCGAUGUAAAAGGAGCAGAGGAGGUCUAUGGAGAGUGGGAACCAGAAGGACCAAAGUUGGAUGCUCGAAUACCGGGUUUGCUCAUCUCUCGUUAUUACGAGGAGAACGAUGAAAAGAAGGUAAGAGAGGUGGUGGAUUCGAUUAGGAAGAUGCGGAAGCGGAUGCAUGUUAACAUGUUCACGCAAGGUUUGGUCGAUAUUGGACCCUCGGUGGUCUUUCUUGGGGCAGUUAUGGCCUUUGGUUAUAAGUUUGUAUUCUAA